UGAUUUUUGAUUUUUCUUUUUGUUGCUUAUCUUGGAUCAUUCAAUGUAACCCACUUUUCUUGUUGCCCUUUUCCUCCUAUGAAUUAUACUAAAUACUUUUUCUAUUAUUCAUAAUCGGAUCCUACUCAAUCAUAUGCCCAGUUCUCAAAGCAGCCUUCUUUUUUCCCCCCUCAGCUUUAUCGAUUGAGAUUCAACAGACCCAUUUCUUAUUUUUAGCUUAUUGAUUCGUAUAAUGGAUUAAAAUUUUAGUUCUUGACUUACACACUAUUGCUUUUUAACGAAAUGAAUUUGGUAAAUUGAGUACAGGGCAAGUGGCCAAAGGGCUCUGCCAAGAAAAAAACAAAAGAGAGGUAAAAAACAACAAAAUACUGUUUGGUUGGCGUGGUUAGGCAACAGGUAGUAAGAUAUUGUGGGAUUAAUGGCUGGUCUAAAUGGAGACCCUUUUCUUGGAAUUGACGAUAACAUUGAAAAGCUUCAAUAUAAUAAUAACAGCAAGGAGGCUAUAGACAAAGAAGGGUUGGUGGUGGGGAUAGGAGAAGAUAGCAGUAAUAAUAAAAACAACAAUCAGGGAGGUGAAAAAGAUAUGGCUGGCAAUUCAAUUCACAGGUCAGGUUCGAGGCCUCAACUUGACCUUAGCAAAGCUGAAAUCCAAGGCAAUUCUGAGGAAAGAGAUCCUACCAUUUUGCUGCCUAAUCAAACUGAUGAUAUCUCUCAUUUGGCUCUUGAUAUUGGAGGUUCACUUAUUAAGUUGGUCUAUUUUUCAAGACAUGAAGACCAAUCAGUUGAUGAUAAGAGGAAGAAAACUGUCAAGGAAAGAUUGGGUAUUUCAAAUGGUAACAGGAGAAACUUCCCUGUUCUUGGUGGGAGGCUUCACUUUGUGAAGUUUGAGACAAGCAAGUUGAAUGAGUGUUUGGAUUUUAUCUCUUCCAAGCAGCUUCACCGUGGCGGAAUUGACUCCCAUCAUUGGAAUUCUGAGGCUUCUGCCAAUGAAAAUGCAGUUAUCAAGGCCACAGGGGGUGGGGCAUACAAGUUUGCGGACCUCUUUAAAGAAAGGCUUGGGGUCAGUAUUGACAAAGAAGAUGAAAUGGAUUGCCUUGUCGCAGGAGCAAAUUUCUUACUUAAGGCUAUUCGCCAUGAAGCUUUCACGCACAUGGAGGGUCACAAAGAGUUUGUGCAGAUUGACCACAAUGAUCUGUUCCCUUAUCUUCUGGUUAAUAUUGGAUCUGGUGUUAGUAUAAUUAAGGUUGAUGGGGAUGGCAAAUUUCAGCGUGUUAGUGGAACAAAUGUUGGAGGUGGUACUUAUUGGGGAUUAGGAAGGUUACUAACAAAGUGCAACAGUUUUGAUGAACUGCUAGAAUUGAGUCAAAGGGGAGACAAUAGGACCAUAGACAUGCUUGUUGGGGACAUCUAUGGUGGCAUGGAUUACUCUAAGAUUGGCCUCUCUGCAUCAACCAUAGCUUCUAGUUUUGGCAAGGCUAUUUCUGACAAGAAGGAGCUUCAAGAUUACAGACCUGAAGAUAUUUCCUUGUCUCUCUUGAGAAUGAUUUCCUACAAUAUUGGACAGAUAUCUUAUUUAAAUGCACUUCGGUUUGGGCUUAAGCGAAUAUUUUUUGGAGGAUUUUUCAUAAGGGGUCAUGCGUAUACCAUGGAUACAAUCUCCUUUGCUGUUCAUUUUUGGUCAAAAGGAGAGGCACAAGCUAUGUUCUUGAGACAUGAAGGAUUUUUGGGAGCUGUAGGUGCAUUUAUGAGUUAUCAGAAGCAUGGCCUUGAUGACUUGAUGGUGCAUCACUUAGUUGAGAGGUUCCCAAUGGGAGCACCAUACACUGGUGGAAAGAUACAUGGACCGCCACUUGGUGACUUGAAUGAAAAGAUUUCUUGGAUGGAAAAGUUUGUUCUGAAGGGUACUGAGAUUACAGCACCAGUACCGAUGGCUCCACCUGGAACCACAGGACUGGGAGGAUUUGAAGUUCCAUCUUCCAGAGGUGCCACUCUGCGCUCUGAUGCAAGUGCUUUAAACGUUGGUGUUCUCCAUCUUGUACCCACUUUGGAGGUGUUUCCUUUAUUAGCCGACCCAAAAAUGUACGAGCCCAAUACCAUUGAUCUAUCAGAUCACAAAGAGCUAGAGUACUGGUUCACUGUGCUUUCAGGGCACUUGCCUGACCUUGUUGAUAAGGCUGUGGCAAGUGAAGGUGGAACUGAUGAUGCUAAAAGAAGAGGUGAUGCUUUUGCUCGUGCUUUCUCCGCUCACUUGGCAAGGUUGAUGGAGGAACCAGCUGCUUAUGGGAAGUUAGGAUUGGCCAAUCUUUUGGAACUGAGAGAAGAGUGCCUGAGGGAGUUUCAGUUUCUUGAUGCUUAUAGAAGCAUCAAACAGAGGGAAAAUGAGGCAUCUCUUGCUGUUUUACCUGAUCUACUACUGGAGCUUGACCAUAUGGAUGAGGAAACAAGGUUGCUUACCUUAAUUGAAGGUGUUCUAGCUGCAAACAUAUUCGACUGGGGAUCCCGUGCCUGUGUUGAUCUUUAUCAUAAAGGAACAAUUAUUGAAAUUUAUAGAAUGAGUCGCAACAAAAUGCAAAGACCAUGGCGGGUUGAUGAUUUUGACCUCUUUAAGGAACGAAUGUUAGGAUCUGAAGGGAAGAAACCUAGACCCCAUAAGAGAGCUUUACUCUUUGUUGACAACUCGGGUGCUGACAUUGUCCUUGGCAUGCUUCCGCUAGCAAGAGAACUCCUUCGACGUGGAACAGAAGUUGUUUUGGUUGCAAAUUCUCUUCCUGCACUGAAUGAUGUAACUGCUAUGGAGCUUCCUGAUAUUGUUGCUGAGGCUGCAAAGCAUUGCGACGUCCUCCGCCGAGCUGCUGAAGCAGGAGGCCUCCUAGUAGAUGCAAUGAAUAACAACUCAUUAGAUGGUUCCAGAGGAAAUUCUUCUUCAGUUCCAUUGAUGGUUGUUGAGAAUGGUUGUGGAAGCCCAUGUAUAGAUUUAAGGCAAGUCAGCUCUGAGCUAGCUGCAGCAGCCAAACAUGCUGACUUGGUUAUCUUAGAAGGGAUGGGUAGAGCUCUUCACACCAAUUUCAAUGCUCGGUUUAAAUGCGAAGCCCUCAAGCUUGCAAUGGUGAAAAAUCAGAGGUUGGCUGAAAAACUGAUUAAAGGGAAGAUCUAUGAUUGCGUUUGCAGAUAUGAGCCUGCCACUUGAUCUUUCUCUACUAACAACUUAAGAGCUUUUGGAACAAAAAUUUAAAAAAAAUAUAAAAACUCCUGGAAUGGAAAUGGAGCAAUGGGAGUCCCACAGCAUUUUAGCCUAUACCUUUCAUUUGUCAGCUUUUAAGUUUAUGAUUUUAUUGCUGACAGUGUUCGACAAUUACCAGCAAUUGUAAUAUAAUCAGUAGAAUACAUGCCUGUAGAUAUCAAUGUUAUAUACUUAAAUUAUUGUGAAUCUAAAUUGGGUUGAAUUUUUAA